AUGAUAAACUCUGGGAAAUUGGCAGGACGUACAAUUUUUAUAACGGGUGCAUCGAGAGGCAUUGGAAAGAGUAUAGCAUUAAAAGCAGCAAAAGAUGGAGCAAAUAUAGUUGUUGCUGCAAAAACUGCAGAACCUCAUCCGAAAUUACCAGGCACCAUUUAUACAGCUGUUGCAGAAAUCGAAGAAGCAGGUGGUAAAGCUUUGCCUUGUAUCGUCGAUGUCAGAGAUGAAGGACAAGUUAAGUCUGCCGUUGAAAAUGCAGUUAAUAAAUUUGGUGGUAUUGAUAUUGUUGUUAACAAUGCCAGUGCUAUAUCUUUAACAGGUACUCUGGCUACGGAUAUGAAAAAGUAUGAUCUUAUGAAUAAUAUUAAUGCAAGGGGUACUUUUCUUGUGUCAAAAUUAUGUAUACCUUAUCUUAAAAGGAGUACAAAUCCUCAUAUAGUGAAUAUAAGUCCACCGUUAAAUAUGAAACCAAUUUGGUUUCAAAAUCAUGUAGCAUACACGAUGGCCAAAUACGGAAUGUCCAUGUGUGUACUUGGUAUGGCAGAAGAGUUUAAAGAAGAUGGUAUUGCUGUUAAUGCUGUAUGGCCACAAACUGCUAUUUAUACUGCUGCAAUAGAAAUGUUAACGGGUCCAGAUUCUAAAAAUCACAGUCGUAAACCUGACAUUGUGGCAGAUGCGGUUUACGCUUUGAUUUGUAAAGAUAGUAGAUCCGUUACUGGACAAUUUUUAAUUGACGAAGAAAUAUUAAGAAAAGAAGGGAUUACUGAUUUUAAAAGUUACGCUUGCAAUCCAGAUACUACAGAUAAUUUAAUGCUAGAUUUCUUUUUGGAUGGUAAUAUUAAUUUUCCAAUCAAUUUGAAUGCAUCAAAGGAGGAUAAUACAGUUAAACAAUCAUCUGAGAAAUCAUCUGAUCAUGAUUUAGGUAGUGGCAAAAUUGCAGAUAUAUUUUCUGCUAUUAAUGCUAAUUUGAGUGCAGAACUUGUUAACAAAACUAAUGCUGUAUAUCAAUUCAAUGUUAAAGGAGAGGAAGCUAGUACGUGGUAUUUAAAUCUUAAAAGUGGUACUGGUUCUACUGGCAAAGGUGAACCAAAAGAUCCAGCAGAUGCAAUUCUUACAAUGAAUUCGGAACAAUUCUUUGCAAUGUUUUCUGGUAAAUUAAAACCAGCUACCGCAUUUAUGACAGGAAAGUUGAAAAUCAGUGGUAAUCUUCAAAAAGCUAUGAAAUUAGAAAAAUUAAUGGUUUCCUUAAAAUCUAAACUUUAAGACUGAUGAAAUCUUGUUUUUUUUUGUUUUCAUCUUAUAUACUUUCUUUUUUUUUUGUUUUUCUUCACAAUAUUACG